AUGGAUCAUUUUCAUUAUGCUCUCUCUAUUGUUAAGCCUUCUAAUCUGAAUGAAUUUGCAUCUCGAGUACCUGAUGUUUCAUUUAAAGAUAUUUUCGGUAUUGAUGAUAUUAUUCAAGAAAUCAAAACGUCUGUUAUACAACCCUUUCAGCAACCUCAUAAAUAUCUUGAAUUAGGUAUUUCUCCUCCCAAGGGCAUUCUGAUACAUGGUCCCACAGGUGUUGGUAAAACAAUGCUCUGUUCUGCUCUGGCAUCAGAAGCAGGUGUCAACUUCAUGCUAGUUGAGAGUUCACAAAUCAGAUCUAAAAUUGUUGGGGAGUCUGAAAAAGGCAUUGCUAAACUAUUUGCUCAAGCAAGAUCCAAUGCACCUUGUAUUUUGUUUAUUGAUCAGAUUGAUAUGCUGUUACCGAAAAGAGGAACAAGCCAGUCUUCGGAAAAUACAAGUGAUCGUAUUGUUACGGGCUUCUUAACUGCUACAAAUCGUAUAGAUGCUAUUGAUCCUGCAGUACUAAGACCAGGCCGUUUUGAUGAACAUAUUUAUAUCCCUUUACCAGAUGAAAAUCAACGAUAUGCUACUAUUCAAGGCAUCAGUGCCAAAAUGCCUAUAGACAUUGAUCAUCAUCAACGAACUGAACUCGUUCAAAAGACAGCAAAUUGGUCUGGUAAGGUUAUAAGUAGCUAUUUAUCUACUCACAUAUUGUCAGGAGCUCAACUAAAUAAUCUUUUUCGGGAAGCAGCGAUGGCAAGUCUUCGCGAAAGUGUAAAUAAUACGAAGGUAAAUUAUCAUUUAGUUUGA